UGGAAAAGAGGACCGCAAGAAGGAUUCGGAGGAUAAAGUGGAUUCCCACCGCGAUAACUUUUUCCAAGGAAGACAAGUGCGUCGACGUCAGUCCGUGAUUUAUUACCCAAAUAUGACGGUUUACAGCCAGCGGUCUUUGAUGGUCCUUGCUUUAUUAGGGAUCCUAUCAGGGAUUAUGUCUCUGCUAUCGGUCAAUCUGAUUUUCCACUUACAAACACAACAGAUUGCUGUGAAGGAAUCUCCCCCCACCAUCUCCAUCGUGCCAACUAAUGUUUGGGCAGUGCUGAUGCCAGUGUCUACAGUGCUUUCUGCUCUGUCUCUCACGCUCAAUUUGAGCUCUGUCGUGGUCUGCCUUCUGCACAGCUACUUUACAACCGAGAUAUGCAGAGGAGAAGAUGAUACUGAAAAAGCAGACUGGUUCCUAUUGGAUAGCCGAGCUGUCCGACAUGUGGCCAUCGGACUAUUUUGCCUUGGGGUUUCAGUAUACUUAGCAGCUAUGUCCAUCUACAUGCUGCUGGUGUUUGAGGUAGAGACAGGCAUAGCAAGCGCAUGCGUACUGGCCUCGGGCAUCCUGAUUCUGCUGAUGAUCGUGAUUCACUCCCUGGUCAAAGCCGCCCGUACCGCCCAACACUACCGCGGUGGGGAACACACUGACACCUUGUACCAGAACCAGCACGGUGGGAGCACCCCUGCCGCCCGGCAAGGCAAGCUCCAAGACGGGGAAAAACCCAGGAGGCACCGCAACAACUCCCAACUCCACCGGCAUUUGUCCUACCCCCCUCCCUGCACCGACCCUAAGCAGCAUCAGUACUCCCCAUCCCACAGCCCUCAGAGCCACAGCAGUGACAAGGAGGGCUACAGUAGUGGUGGAAGUGUUUCUAGAAUGCACAGGACCCUGUCAACAGAGUCAGGGCUGCUGCAGUCUCCAUCUAAGCCCUGGAAUGGCAUUAACAAUGAGAUGCGGAGCGUGCUGGCCCGCAAGUCAGGAGCCCCCAGUAAAGACUCUACUCUGGUGUGACCUGACCUGCAAAGUCUUAGUACAUUCCUAACCAACCAUCAAACGUUCCGAAGAACGUUACAGUAUGGAUAGAAAAUAUCUGAAGCUAUUUAAAAGCUCUGAGCUAUCCCUUCAUGAUCCAAGCACCACUAAUACUAUUACUGUACAUUUCAAUACAGACAUCCAGUGAAACUGUCAUUUUAAAUACACCUUUCCUAACAUCUCGUUCCCUUUUUGCCUUUGUAUUGACUUUUUACAACGAAACCAUCACUAUUAAACCCUCUCUAGAAUGUUUACUUACUGGUAUUCCAAUGGAAAAUGUUAGUAACUUAUAGCUAAUGCUAUAGUUGCUACGUGAUUAUACAAUUUAACAAGUGGCAGAGAAAUGCUUUAUAUUUUCAAAAUUGUUUGGUAAAGACCAAAGGUGGUCUUUGAAAUAUUGCCAAAACUGUUAAUUACACAAUGUGUAGAUACAUUUGGUAGUGUUUAGUCUGCAUACUGUAAAACAAACAUGUCAUAACUUUGAAUAAAGGUCGUGAGUAUGUUGAUACAAAACACUGUAAAAAAUAAAGUGGAGCAUUUUAAGUAAACCAGUAUUAGCACAUUCAGCUUCAUUCUAGUGCACUUACUUGAAAGUCAAGAGAGUGCCUUGAGUCCAAGUAUAGCUUUGAGUGAUGCCUGAAGAACGACUAACCUUGGACAGUGUCUUCCAG